AUCAAUGGCAUCAUGCAGAACAUGCACCCCAAAGACGUGGACAAGGUCAUAUCGACGAAAUUCCCAGAGGAGUGCCGCAACCCGAGCGGUUUCGUGGUCGCUGUGAUCCGCAGAACGGAGCGGGACGUGGGUCGCCCGUUGGACUACCGCUGGAGCGGGAAGUCGUUGGACGAGACGCCGGAAGACUUCGGCGAGCGACCGACGGUCAGCGCACAGCUGCGCCAAAUCCAACUCGUCGGAUGCCCUGGCACGAAGAUUCGGAAACACCCGCACGACACACACCGCAUGCAGCGCUAUGAGCACCACACGGCCAUCCAUUUCGGGUACGGCAAGCACAGCAUGCACGUGAACAACUCCGCAGGAUGCACCAUCCUCCUGAACAGCAGGUUCACAGAGAAGCACAUCAAGGACAUCACGGCACCACCGCCAGAGCUACACGGACGCGGAGGAGCCAUCACCAUCGAGCAGGGCGUCACCAAGCUGAAUAUUAUCACGGCCUACUCACCACGGGCGCCAUGGGAUCGACGAGGAUUAUUUCAGCGGCGAGUCGCCAUGACGAAGGUGGCACAGUGGGUGAAAACCGAGGUCCUGGCCACGCCGUCCCGCUUCACCCCCAUCGCGAUGAUGGCCUUGAACGAUCGCCUCGUCCUGGGCCGCGACGGCGACGAGACGGUCGGGCCCUGCCCCACUGGCAAGGCGCCGUCCGCGUGCCACACCGAGCACAAGGCCCACCAGUCCCUGGACCGCGACGCCAUUGCUCUGGGCCCUGAGGAAGGACACGAACGCAUCGAAUUCUUGGAGAGCCUGGAGGCCCAGCUGACCACACACGGCGAUCUGUUGGAUACGUACACGGGGCGCGAGGAGUUGCUGUACCAGCUCGACCAGACCAUCUGCGACCUCAGCAAGCGCCUGCGCCGACACAUGAAGGAGGAUUUCGCAAACGACGCGCCGCCGACCGAGCUCCCCCCCGCCGGCGCCGACGUCACCCACGAGAGCACCGAGCCCUCCCAGCCCACCAUCUCGAGAGGCUACUGCCCACCGCCCUGCCCCAUUACCGAGCGAGCCAACGUGCGCGAGCGCGGCAUGCCCGUCACUCGCGCGGUCGCCUGCAGGCUCCGACGGGCGAAGGUCGCCUUCGCAGUUCGCUCCCGCGACGGCCGCAACGCCUUCGGCUGCGCCCGCCACGACGCCAUCCACGAGCGCGCCAUCCCCACCGUUCGCGACGGCGGCCGCCAACUCGCACUCCAGCGACGCGCGGAGCCCCAGAAGAUCAUCGACGCCGGCGACGGCACCUCGCUCAUGCGGAGCCGCGAAUGA